AUGGAGAAUGGGAAGGGGAAGGGGAAGGGGAAGGAGAAGGGGAAGGAGAAAAGGAAGGAGAAGGGGAAAGAGAAGGCGAAGGAGAAGGGGAAGGAAAAUGGGAAGGAGAAGGGGAAGGAGAAGGCGAAGGAGAAGGGGAAGGAGAAUGGGAAGGAGAAGGGGAAGAAGAAGGCGAAAGAUAAGGGGAAGGAGAAGGGGAAUGAGAAGGGGAAGGAGAAUGGGAAGGAGAAGGGGAAGGAGAAGGCGAAGGAUAAGGGGAAGGAGAAGGGGAAUGAGAAGGGGAAGGAGAAGGGGAAGGAGAAGGGGAAAGAGAAGGGGAAAGAGAAGGGGAAGGAGAAAGCGAAGGAUACGGGGAAGGAGAAGGGGAAUGAGAAGGGGAAGGAGAAUGGGAAGGAGAAGGGGAAGGAGAAGGCGAAGGAGAAGGGGAAGGAUAAUGGGAAGGAGAAGGGGAAGGAGAAGGCGAAGGAGAAGGGGAAGGAGAAUGGGAAGGAGAAGGGGAAGGAGAAGACGAAGGAUAAGGGGAAGGAGAAGGGGAAUGAGAAGGGGAAGGAGAAUGGGAAGGAGAAGGGGAAGGAGAAGGCGAAGGAUAAGGGGAAGGAGACGGGGAAUGAGAAGGGGAAGGAGAAGGGGAAGGACAAGGCGAAGGAGAAGGCAAAGGAGAAGGGGAAGGGGGAGGCAAAGGAGAAGGGGAAGGGGAAGGCGAAGGACAAGGUGAAGGAGAAGGCAAAGGAGAAGGGGAAGGAGAAGGCAAAGGAGAAGGGGAAGGGGAAGGCGAAGGACAAGGCGAAGGAGAAGGGGAAGGAGAAGGAGAAGGAGAAGAAGAAGGAGAAGGAGAAGGAAAAGGAGGAGAGAUCGAGAGAGAUAGAAGGCGUUUAG